AUGUCUCAAGAACCAGCUGCAUCUGCCACUCGCUCUGCCUCCCCCGGCCCCUCCACCACUUUUCGUCCCUUCCCUGGUCCUGGAAGUCAAAUCGGCCAACAUAAGAACGAAGGGCUCGGAAGAGGCGGUGUUAGGAAGCAAAAAGAGGCGCUAAAGCUCAGGCUGGACCUUAAUCUCGAGGUUGAGAUUGCCAUUCAGGCGAAAGUCAAUGGUGAUAUCACUCUCCCUGCUUUCAUAAAUGCCUGCGCUCGACAGAAUCGUGGCAGCGGCAUGAUCUUAGUUCCUCGCGAGUACUUGUUACCAGUGCCACGUAAAUGCUCUUGA